AUGGCCACGGCAUUUGAAACUGAAAUGGGUGUAUUACCCGAACUAUCUAAGGCUGUACAAGAAAUGGACUGGAUUUUGCCUACCGACAUUCAAAGUGAGGCUGUUCCCUUAAUCCUCGGUGGAGGUGAUGUUUUAAUGGCUGCUGAAACCGGAAGUGGAAAAACAGGAGCAUUUUGUUUACCUGUGCUUCAAAUUGUAUAUGAAACACUUAAACUUCUCCAAUCUAAUAAACAGAACAAAGCUAAUAUCUUAUCAAAGCAUUCAAGCGGCCAGAUGAAACUCAAUGUAUAUGAUCGUACCGAUGCUAUGGCAAUUGAUACCAAUGGGUUGCUUUGUCAAAGUCGCGAUCCAGGUGGAUGGCACGGAGCUAGGGCAAAUCGUGGUGUAAAAUGUUCAGGUCGUUAUUAUUAUGAGGCGCAUGUAACUGAUGAAGGGCUAUGUCGGGUCGGCUGGUCAACUUUGAAUGCGUCACAUGACGUUGGAACUGACUCUGAGAGUUUCGGCUUCGGUGGAACUGGUAAAAUGUCUCAUCGUCGACAGUUCGAUUCGUAUGGUGAGGCUUUCGGGAAAGGAGAUACUAUUGGCUGUUUCUUAGAUCUUGAUAAUGGAUCCAUAAGUUGGUCAAAAAAUGGUAAAAUGUUUGGAAAAGCUGUGUUUAAAAAUGCUGAGUUAAGAUUUAAUUUCGGCGAUAGUGCAUUUGAUUUCCCACCACCAAAUGGUUGGAUAGGUAUCAGUUCUUGUCCAGAAACAAACUAUGUUGAAAAUACUUUUAAAGCUACUUCAUCUGGUUCAGUCUAUAAGUCUAAACCAAAUGCUCCACUUGCUUUAAUUAUUGAACCUUCUCGUGAACUAGCAGAACAAACUUAUGAACAAAUUAAAAAAUUUAAACGUUAUUUAAAAGAUCCAUGUCCUCGUGAGUGCUUGUUAAUUGGUGGUGCCAACAGUAAACAACAAAUGGAUGAAUUACAUUCUGGGGUUGAUAUUGUUGUGGCUACUCCCGGACGAUUGGAUGAUCUUAUUUCAACACAGUCUCUUCUGUUAAGUAAUUGUCGUUUCUUUGUCUUGGAUGAAUGUGAUGGUCUUCUGUCUGCCGGCUAUGGAGAUAUGGUUUCUCGAAUACACAAACAAAUACCUAAGGCUACUGCUGAUGGAAAUCGUUUACAAAUGAUUGUUUGUUCGGCGACUCUUCAUUCCAUGGAUGUUAAACGAUUAGCUAAUAAAUUGAUGCAUUUUCCUGUAUGGAUAGAUUUAAAAGGUCAGGAUAGUGUCCCAGAAACGGUACAUCAUGUGGUGUGCCUUAUUGAUCCCAACAAUGAUACAUCGUGGAAAGAAUUAAUGAAAUCAAAUAAACAUAUACAAACAGAUGGGGUCCACAUGAAAGAUCAACUUAAUCCUAAUUCGAGUACUCCAGAGCUUUUGUCAGAAGCCGUAAAAUUACUAAAAGGUGAGUAUGUCAUUCGUGCAAUUAAACAGCAAAAUAUGGAUCGUGCACUUAUUUUCUGUCGUACAAAAUUGGACUGUGAUAAUCUGGAACAGUAUUUUAUAUCAAUGGGUGGUGGACCUAAUCGUCGUGAUUCACCAUUUACUUGCGUUUGUCUUCAUAGUGAUCGAGCUCCUCCGGAACGUAAAGCAAAUUUGCAAAAGUUCAAGAAUGGAGAUGUUCAUUUUCUUAUAUGUACAGAUGUUGCUGCACGUGGUAUCGAUAUUACUGGUCUCCCAUAUGUAAUUAAUGUGACAUUGCCAGAUGAAAAACAAAAUUACGUGCAUAGAAUCGGUCGUGUAGGUCGUGCUGAAAGAAUGGGUCUGGCGAUCAGUCUAGUGUCAACGGUCAAAGAAAAAGUAUGGUAUCACUCUAAUUGUUCUACACGUGGUCGUGGCUGUUAUAAUACUCGUUUGUUAGAUCAAGGCGGUUGUUGUACUUGGUAUAACGAGCCUAAUUUAUUAAACGAAAUUGAAGAACACUUAGGUGUGACUAUCGAUACGGUGGACAAAAAUUUAACUAUACCCGUAGAUGCAUUUGAUGGGAAAGUUGUAUAUGGCCAGAAAUUGAAAAAAACGGCGCCUAAAUAUGAAAGUCAUGUGAAUAUUUUAGCAUCCUCCGUUAAAGAACUGGAUAAUCUUGAAAAGCGAUCACAACAAGAUUUCUUGCGUUUACGAUAUGACGAAGAAUUAGCAAUAUGA